UUCCUCCUCCUUCUUCUCCUACUCUUCCUCCUUUUCUAGGGUUUUGAUUUCACGGAGACAUUCCGUUCACCGAUUUCCACCCUCCUUUCGUUCCGGUCAACAACAAAUACUCCAUGGACGGCUCGGCUCUCAAUUCUGCUGAAUUGCAACGACUCAUCUCUCAAGAGAAGGAAAGGGCCAUGGUCAAUGAGAUGGUGGCUAAGCUUACUAGUGCAUGCUGGGACAAAUGCAUCACUGGGACACCUGGAAGUAAGUUCAGUUCUAGUGAAUCAACUUGCCUCGCUAACUGUGCUCAGCGCUACAUGGAUAUGAGCAUAAUUAUCAUGAAACGCUUUCAGUCAAUGCAGUAAAAUCGCGGACGUGGAAGAGGAAAUUGCAGUAUAAUCCACAAUGUCAUAGCGACUCUGUUAUUUUAGCAAUUGUUGAUUGAGAGUAUCAGCAUUUUUGGAAUUGAGCAAUGCUAUCUUGUGAAGUUCUGAUGAGCCAUUCUCUUGAAUUUUAGAAGCGUCUGUUUUUUUACCUCAUUCGCAGUCCCCUCCUUUGAAGUAUGCCUGUGUGCUUUCGUCCUGGUAUUUUUUUCCUGCUUUCAAAAAGAAUUUUCCCUUGUUACUGCAAACCCCUCUUUCCCUUUGUCCCUUGAAAAUUCCGUUCUGUUCUGGUGUUUAGUAAUCUGAAAGUCACCUUAAGACUA